CCUGCAUGAUGAAUGUCCACAAACGCUGCGUGAUGAACGUGCCGAGCCUGUGCGGAACAGACCACACCGAGCGCCGGGGGCGGAUACACAUCAAGGCAGACAUCGAAAACGAAGUCCUCACGGUGGUGGUACGAGAUGCGAGAAACCUAGUUCCCAUGGACCCCAAUGGCUUGUCGGACCCCUACGUGAAGCUCAAACUCAUCCCCGACCCGAAAAGCGAGAGCAAACAGAAGACGAAAACCAUCAAAUGCUCUUUGAACCCCGAGUGGAAUGAGACCUUUAAAUUUCAGCUGAAAGAGUCCGACAAGGACCGGCGAUUGUCUGUGGAGAUCUGGGACUGGGACCUGACCAGCAGGAACGAUUUCAUGGGAUCUCUCUCUUUCGGGAUCUCGGAGUUGCAGAAAGCCGGGGUGGACGGCUGGUUUAAGCUCCUGAGCCAAGAAGAAGGCGAAUACUUCAACGUCCCCGUCCCCCCCGAAGGAGAAGAAGGCAAUGAAGAGCUCCGGCAGAAGUUUGAGAGAGCCAGGGUCGGUCCCGGAUGCAAAGCGGCAGAGGAGAGGACGCUGAACGCCAUCUCCAAAUUCAACAACAACGGGAACCGCGACCGCAUGAAGCUGUCCGACUUCAACUUCCUGAUGGUUCUGGGGAAAGGCAGCUUCGGGAAGGUGAUGCUGUCCGAACGGAAAGGCACGGACGAGCUCUACGCCGUGAAGAUCCUGAAGAAGGACGUGGUCAUCCAGGACGACGACGUGGAGUGCACCAUGGUGGAGAAGCGGGUGCUGGCCCUGGCCGGGAAGCCCCGCCAGAUGCAGUCUUGCUCCCAGACCAUGUUAAGCUCCGAGCCUGCAGCCGGGACUCUGUGGUUCUACGCUGCUGAGAUCGCCAUCGGGCUGUUCUUCCUCCAUGCUAAAGGCAUCGUUUACCGCGACCUGAAGCUUGACAAUGUCAUGCUGGACUCCGAGGGACACAUCAAGAUUGCGGACUUUGGCAUGUGCAAAGAGAACGUCUGGGACGGGGUCACCACCAAGACCUUCUGCGGCACCCCGGACUACAUCGCUCCUGAGGUGAGAUCCUGUUGGGAAGGGACAACCCGCGCGCCAUUCGAAGGUGAAGACGAGGACGAGCUCUUCCAGUCCAUCAUGGAACACAACGUGGCGUACCCCAAAUCCAUGUCCAAGGAGGCCGUGGCCAUCUGCAAAGGGCUCAUGACGAAGCAUCCGGCGAAGCGCUUGGGGUGCGGCCCGGAAGGGGAGCGAGACAUCAAGGAGCACGCCUUCUUCCGCUACAUCGACUGGGACAAACUUGAACGGAAAGAGAUCCAGCCACCUUUCAAGCCCAAGGCUAAAGACAAACGCGAUACUUCCAACUUCGAUAAAGAGUUCACGAGGCAGCCGGUGGAACUCACCCCCACAGACAAGCUCUUCAUCAUGAACUUGGACCAGACUGAGUUUGCGGGAUUUUCCUACACUAACCCCGAGUUUGUCAUUAAUGUCUAG